AUGGAUCUAUCCCGCCUAAAGUCUGGACCCACCGGCCAAGAGUCUGACCCUACAGGCCUAGAUUUCGACUCCGCCAGCCAAAACUAUUUCUCUACUGGCCAAGAAUUCGAUUCUCCCUACCAGGAGUUGGACCUGGACUCUCUUAACGACGAUCUUUAUCCCCAGUCCAUGCCAGAUGCCAUGACAAAGACCUCUGUGGGUGCAUAUGAGUCCCACCCGACUUCUGAACCGGUGGAUCUGACAGAGGCCGAGCAAAUGGAGCUCAAAUCUGAGCUCACUAAAUUGGAGGCAGAAAUCGUAACCCUACGCCAAACGCUGGCAGCCAAAGAGAGGCGCUGUGGGGAGCUCAAGAGGAAGUUGGGCCUGACCACCUUGGUGGGGCUGAGACAGAAUCUGUCCAAGAGCUGGCAUGAUAUCCCGGUCGCCAACGCCUACGUGAAACAGAAGACGUCAGUUGCCCUGUCCACCGUGGGUUCUGCCAUCUGCAGGAAGUUUGGAGACAUGAAGAAGUCGGCCACAUUCAGAUCUUUUGAAGGUCUGAUGGGUACAAUCAAGUCCAGAGUCACAGGGGGCAGAGAGCUUGGCAGCAAUUGUCUUCCUUCUUCAGCAAGCAGUGAGGAUGAUUCGCUCCCCGUUUUCAGGAGUGGGGAUGACCUGCUCCUGGUUCCAGAAAGUGGAAAUGAUCCGCAACCAGUUCUGAGGAGUGGGGAUGACCUGCUCCCAUUUCUGGAGCCAGAAUGA